GGACACAGAAUAAAUUUAAAUUUUCUAAGUGUGUUAAGAAUACAAGCUUAUUCAUUAUAUGUUUCGAAUGUAAAUGUAAAACGCGGUAAAAAACAUAAUCUAAUAUAACAUCACGUGAUAAAAGAUAUAGGUAUUUAUGACAUCACAGUUUGGUUACACGCUGUAUCAGCCAUUUUACUCCGUUAUAUAGUAAAGGUGUUUAGUUAUAUUGAUUUAAUUACGCAAGUGUCAUAUGUGAUAAAGAUAACAGAAUAAACUUUUUACCAAAAAAAUUCAAUGUUUUUCAAUUGUAUUUACGCCCGUUUCAUUUAUUAUUGAUAUUAAAUAUUUAUUGUAUUUGUUAUAUAACAAUACAAUCAUAAAAAUUGGGAAGAAAAGAAUAUUAUCUUAUAUCUAAUUUUUGGAAAGAGGAUCGAAAAGAAUGGCAUUUUAUGAUUUAACUCUUCUCAGUAACGAAGUCCCUCAUAUGUAUCUUUCAAAAAAUUAUUUAGAAUAUUCACGAAAAGGAUAUAAGAUGAGAGAUUACGUUACUACUUCGAAAAGAAUCGAUACUAUUCAUCCUUUCAAAAAUUGUUAUCCAUUUUUAAACGAUUCUUAUACUCAUUACACUUAUUUUAAUGAUAAUAAAGGAAGAGAAGAUGAUGAUGUUAAGUGUACUAAUCUUCCAGAUAAGUAUUAUAGAAAUAACAUACGUUAUGUCGAUUUUAUAACCGCUCCAGAAAGCAAUCUUCAAAACUUAGAUCCUGAUUCAGAUUGGAACGUAUACAGUGAAUAUUUGUCUCAUAAAUAUAUUUCUUCCCGAGCACCUCUUUCCUAUAAGAAUUUAUCAGAAAGUACAUCACGUCAAAAUAAAUUUUCUGAUAAAUUUCAAACACAUGUUCAAUCAUUUGAUCAGCUACCAGUAAACAGAUUCGUACCUUUAUGGCCAGAGCAUAAAGUUAAUAGAAAUUUUCAAGAUAAACCUCUUUUCAUGAGCACUUCUGAUCCAAGAAAAUAUUAUGUUUCAGGUUAUACCGGUCAUGUUCCGCGCUUAAAAUUUACUUAUGGGAUGACUUAUCCUACCGCAACAAAUCAAGCUCUUUGUCAGUUUACAAAAGAAAGAUCUAGUCAGAAAAUUUUUGACAACAACUCCAUUAUAUCUAGUUUGGCAAAACCGUCCAAAUCUAAAAUACGUGAAGCUCAUAUUCCUAAUCAUGCUCUUCCCUUCCUACAUACAGGAUUAAUUCCUAGAUACACCGGGCAUAUCCCAGGUUAUAAAUUUAUCUGUGGAGAUACAUUUGGUAAAGCUACAUUAAAAUUAUCGGGAGCGGGUCGUUAUCCUUCAAGAAGAUUAUUUUAAUUAAAUUUAAAUAAAUGUUCUUAAAA